GACAAAGUCGGAAUCAGUUUUCAGAUCGAGAAGCAAUGUAUGCCUCGGACACCAACAGUUAAUUUUAUUCUAGGAUUUGCCAAAGACUGGGAAUAUAGUCAGUUCAAGUUCGUCCAAAGAACUGUUUAAUUCUCUCUGCUUAGUUUCUCUGUGCUCUAUCGAUACCAAGACCUUGUACUCUUCAUAAGUCGAGUUGAUACCUCCGUGGCUGUAACAGUAAGAUGUUAGGGAUAACAAUCAGUGCCAGUCUAGUUAAUCUGAUUCGUAUUUUUUAAGACUGCCUAAUAAUCUGAAUCAAUCCAGUGAAUAAAUAGUGACCGUCAUCCUUAAGUAAUUCUCGAAUCCGUUACAUAUGCUUUGCUCCCCUUUACAUUUGGGGCACCUUUCGCAUCUUUGAUCAACGUUGUAGAACCGAUAUUCACGUCUCAUUCAUGCUUCGCUAGGUUGUGGCUCUCCAAGAAUUGAUGUCUAAUGUCUCAGUGAUCUCAUUGUCUGGAAAUGUGGUAUGUAAAAAAAUAUGGAGUGGACUUGGUCAUAUAAAUACUUAUUCGAGUAAAAAAUCAGUUGACUGAACUGCUGUUAAUGACCGCUACACAUAGCAGUGCAGAUAACGGCCACGAACCAUGAAAGAAAUGGUUGUUUUUUCGUGUUGAGUAAUAAUAUGCUGUUUUUUUUCUGUACCGAUCCUUGCAUUCCUUUCUUAGUAUGAUUACACUAUUUAAGUCAUAGUUUCUAAAUUUUUUAUUUGAUGUUAACUGUAUGAGACCAAGAAUUCCAUACUGGUCUGUUAGGAUGAAGUAAAAUAACUUUUUCUUCUAAAUUUACAUCAUGUGCUUUAUUAUUUUUUUAUUUAUGUGUGGUUUUAAAUUUUUUAACUCUUGGGUCAUUCUAGUGUUUCUUACUACAUAUUUUUAUAUUUUUUACUCUGUUCUCAUACCUUGAUUUUAUAUUAUUAGGUUGCUCAGAAAAAAGGGCUACCACACGUUUUUUACUGUCAACUCUGGCGAUGGCCAGAUCUGCAUACUCAACAUGAAUUGCGCCCUAUUGCUACUUGUGAAUAUUCCUUCCAGUCCAAACGUGAUGAGGUUUGCAUUAACCCUUACCACUAUAGAAGAAUCGAAAAUCCAGUUCUUCCACCAAUAAUGGUCCCACGUACAGUCAAUAAUGGUACCUCUGGAAAUAAUAAUGAUAAUUUACAUCGUGGUAUGACAGACACUGGUGAACGUUAUGGUCGAGGGUCUUGUUUCAGUUCUCAUCACUCUCGAUAUUCUAUGCAUAAUCAGUAUCAACAAGGACUUCAACAACACCAGCAGCAACAACAGUUACAACAACAUCAUUUAAACGCUUUACAGGCUCAUCAUGCGUCCACAACCGGAUUGAAUGAUCCUAUGAUGUUAGGAGACGACUGUGGUUCUGAACCGAACAGCUUAGCUGCCCUAUUAGCACCUCCGUCUAAACAACCAAGACAACAUCUUGCUACAGAUGCUGUUACAGCUGCUGCUCUAGCCAGAGGUGAUGCACUCGAUGCAUACUCUGCGGCUACUAGAGCAAUGGUUGGUCUAGAGAAUGCUGGUGUUAUCGGUGGAACACACCCACCAUGUGUUAGCCUACGAGAGGCAGCAGAAAAUAUGACGUUGGGCGGUACACCUAAUUUGGUUGGGACACCUCCUGCUCCACCUCAUACAGGUGGUUAUCAGUCAUCUCUUAUGAACGUGGUUUCAAGUUUGAGUGGUGAUGGACGAGAUUUUGCCCGCAAUCUCGGUGUAGCAAAUCAUAUUCAUAGUGCUACUACAAGAUCUCUCAGUCUUGGUGAUUUUUCACUUCCUGUCUCUGGAUGCCAAGAAGAUCGAUCUAACGAUUCUCAAUGUCAUGGUCAAAAUACGGAUAAUUUAGGUACAAGUUUUAUGGGUCAAUCCUCUUCAGUUUCCUCAUCAACAACUCAUAAAGCUUCAAGUGUUGCUGGUGUUGGUCCCUCCGUAAACUCUCCUGGUACGCUGUCUUCAGUUGAAGAAAACUGUAUUAGCGAAGAUGACAAUAUGGAUCUAGAUAUGCUGAGUGAUGUCCUUAUUGAUGGUAAUGAAAUGACUUCAGUAGCCUAUCAAGAACCUGAAUAUUGGUGUUCAUUAUACUAUUAUGAAAUGAAUACACGAGUCGGUGAUACAUUUCAUUGUUCUAGUCCAUGUUUAACUGUUGAUGGUUUCACAGAUCCUAAUAGACAUAAUCGUUUCUGUCUUGGUCUACUAUCCAAUGUAAAUAGAGGACAUCAAAUUGAACUUACACGAAGACAUAUUGGCAAAGGUGUUAAACUGUAUUAUAUUGGUGGUGAAGUGUUUGCGGAAUGCCUCAGUGAUAGUGCUAUAUUUGUUCAAUCUCCAAAUUGUAAUUAUAUGUAUAAAUGGCAUCCAGCAACGGUGUGUAAAAUUCCACCCGGAUGUAAUUUGAAGAUAUUCAAUAAUCAGGAAUUCGCUAAUCUACUUACUGAGAAUGUAACUAAAGGUUUUGAAGCAGUUUACUCAUUGACUAAUAUGUGCACGAUACGAAUGAGUUUUGUAAAAGGAUGGGGUGCUGAUUACCGUCGACAAACUGUAACCAGUACUCCAUGUUGGAUUGAAAUUCAUUUGAAUGGUCCAUUACAGUGGCUUGAUCGAGUACUUAGUCAAAUGGGUUCUCCAGAUCAUCCUUGCACAUCUGUAAGCUAAAUUUAACGCACAACACAGCGAAAAAUUGUCAAUAUUUUCACAAAUUUAUCAUUUAGAAGGAUUCUUUUCCUAGUAAAAAUUAUUUUCCGACGUCUUUCGUACAUUCAUUCAACAUAAAUUCAAAUAAUAAAAUAACAGCUAUGUACUUAACAAACUCAUUGAAUUAUUUUCCCCCACCCCCUACUACCCCCUCCUUAAAAUGUGUUUCAUCUGAAUUCACAGCUGUGUGCUAUCCUAUCCCAUCCUAUCCUUUUAGCUUCAUGUGUUUAGUGUGAAAUUAGACGUAUAAGCUGUUACACUUUCAGUCCUAUAUAUGUAUAAGUAAAACCGUAAUUACAUUUAUCAGGUGUAUGAAUGUAUUAUUCAUUUGAUGGUCAGAUUAUUAACUUACUCCCUUCACCACCGUUCAUAAUUUAUUAUUAUUAUUGUAUUUCUUUUGACCUAUUUUUUAUUCUCUCCGUUAGACAAAGUAAUCAAAGCGUAGUGACCAGUUUAUUCUACCCUUUCAUAUAGUUUAUCAUUCCAUAUUAUGAUUAAUAUUACUAUUAUUAUUAUUGUUGUUGUUGUUUGUAGAUGCAUAUAUUUUCGCUGCUUACUUACAUUGCCUUACUCUUUCUUGAUACUUGUAUAACUUAUUAUUUGACUUUUUUCUCUGUUUUUACAUAAUGUAUUGUCUUAGUGUUGUUGUUUUUAUAAAAAAAUGUCCUAUUGUCACUUAUUCAUCCUCCUCCCGCCCCCCCUCCUCCUAUUUCCUCUUAUCGCGUAACAUACUUUCGUUUCAAACAUGAGUUAUUCGUUUGACUGGGCAGUUUAAAAUAACUUCAGGUCGAUAUAUACAUAUAUAUAUAUAUAUAUCCUAAUUUAAAUUAAUUCUUUUUUUAUUUAUGAAAAUCCAUUUUACUUCCUUGUUUGCUUAUACAUUUCCUUGUUUGUGUAUACUUUUUUGUUUAUCAAGCGCGCUGUAUAACUUUCUUCAUUAUUAUCAGUUGUAUAUUCUAUAGAUAACGCACACACACAAACACGCAUACAUUCAUUUUUUAUUUGAACGGAUAUUCUCUUCUUGUGCUGUGUUUUUGUGUUUAUGUAUGGAUGAUAUUCUGUUGUAAUUACAUAACUUUCAGUGUUCGCGCCACUACUGUUUACGAUUUGUAUAUUCCUCUAUCAUAUGAAUUAUUAGUAUUAAUUUACACUCAACAACUAAAAGUUCCCUUUUUUGCACUUCUUCUGUAUGUUUUCGCUUCAGGGCGCCUUUAUUAUUGUUAUCAUUAUCAUCAUCAUCGUCAAUGUUUUGUUGUCAGUUGACGUUAGUUUCUUAAUUUUUAUCAAUAUUAUUAUUAUGAUGAUGAUUGUGUCCGUUUGAUCCAACCUUCUGUGUAGUAACCAUUCAUAUUUCACUAGAUAACAAGCAUAUAAUUAGACACAUAAUUAGAGGUGACAGCUGCUAACCCCGGUUGCCUGCUUUGAUUGGGUUUGCGAUUUAUUUUACACAUGUACAAAAUAUAUAUACAUACAUACAUAUAUUGAGAUUGUUGUUUUUAAGCAUUUAGAAAUUCAAUCAAACUACCAUGACUACUUUGAACACUUUUUUGUUUCCUGUGUAGUGUAUACGCAUAUAAAUUAGAUAAUAGUCCAUUUGUCGUUGUUGUUAUUGUGGUGGUGGCGGUGGCGGUUGUGAUGGUGUCAGUGUCAGUUAUGUAGCUUUCUCAUAUCACAUUUAACCAGUUUGUUCACUUCAUCAUGGCAUUAUUAUUAGUAUUACUACCUGUGUCAGUGAUUUGUCGGUUAAAUUAUGUCAUAAUGAAUUGUUGUCAAUGCCUAUUGCACCUUUUCAUUUCAUUAGAUACAUAUAUAUAAAUUUCACUUGAUCUCUUAUUUCACUUUUUCGAUUUAUGUCUCUCAGGCAAUGUUUUUAUUUGUGUGUGUAAUAAUCAUUGUGAAGUGCAUAUAUACAUACAUAUAUAUAUUUUAUUGUCUGGAAUUUUUUUCCAGCUGAUAUUUUCGCUGAUAUGUUUCACUGACUUCUUACUUUUCGUAUUCAUCGUUUAUACAUAUAUUGAAUUUUCCUACAUUGUUAUGUCCUUAUUCGUUUACAAAAGCAUAGUUCUCUUUUUCUUUCCUUUGUUCUUGUGAAAACUAUUCAUUUUUAAUUGAUUAAUGUCAAUAAUUUAAUUGGUGAAAGUGGGAGAUUGUUUUACAUUGUGUACCUGAUUAUAUUACUUCCCUUUUACCUAGAGAUUACAAGUAAUUUAUGAAUAAAUAUACCAUAUAUAUCUAUAUGCAUAUGAGUAUUUCUCAUCUCUUCCUAUACACUGUGUAGAUGGUCCGUUAUACUGUUUUUUAAGAAUUGCAUCUUAGAGAAUAAGUAUACGAAUUAAUAAUAUUCCUUAUUGAUUUGUGUGUCGUUUAAUUAGAUGAUUUUAUGAUAACUGAUGCCUUUGCUCCCUUAAUGAAAACCAUAUAGCCAGGAAAAACUAGCAACAAGCAACAAACCAAAUAAGAAAUUAUUGCCCAACGCAUAUACCGAAGGAAAUGGAGGUAGAUUGGACAUGCGCUGAGAAGAUUAUUAGGUGACCUCACACGCCAAGCAGGUCUUCGAAUGGGAAACGCUGAGUUGGUCCAAGGUGGUGGCAUAGAGGAGAUGAGAGCUGAUUGGUAGUCAUGGAGUCAGCUGAAAAGGACUGCAGAGAACAGGAUGAAAUGAAGAUGUUCUAUUGUGAGGCCUAUUCUGCACGCGGAAUACAAGGUGAUAAUAAUAACACAUCACGCAAAAUGUGUACUGUAUAAGAA